GAUGCGUCCGCGCUGAAGGAAAGUCGUCAGCAUGGAUUUUGACGCUCCCAACAUGUAUCUGCCCAGCUGCACCUACUACGUGCCCGGAGCGGACUUCGCGGCUCUCCCGCACUACCUGGCCCAGGGUCAGCCCUCGUGCCCGGUGGCGUACUCGUACCAGUCGUCGGCUCUUCCUCAGGUUCCGUCCGUCAGGGACGUGGCGUUCAGGGACUACGCCGUGGACGGCGCGGCCAAGUGGCACCACGCGAGGGGGAGUCUCGCGCACUGCUACGGCGACGACGGCUGGAGCGGCCCGACGACGACCCCCCGCGGGGUCGACGUUCCGGGGAAAGGCGUCUCGCCCUCCGGGUCCUCGACGACUGCGGCCGCCGCGCCGGGGGGCUUCGCGCACGGCAGCGCGGCCAGGAACGGCGUCCUGCCGCAGGCUUUCGACCAGUUCUUCGAGUCGGCCUACGGUGGCCACGAUCACGGAGGCAGGCCGGGGGCGGCCAAGACCGGAACCGCGCCGCCUCCUCCGGCACCUCCGGGCUCAGACACGGCGGAGAGCUGCAGCCCCAAGUCGUCGCCCGGCCUCGGCGAGGACCGGAACGCGAAGGGCGGCGGUGCCCAGAAGACGCGCAAGAAAAGAUGCCCGUACUCCAAAUAUCAAAUCAGGGAGCUGGAGAGGGAGUUCUUCUUCAGCGUUUACAUCAACAAGGAGAAGCGGCUGCAGCUUUCUCGGAUGCUCAACUUGACUGACCGGCAGGUGAAAAUCUGGUUUCAGAACAGGAGGAUGAAGGAGAAGAAACUCAACAGAGACCGUUUACAGUACUACACCAGCAACCCGCUGCUAUAGAACCU